AUACUCCAUCAACGUUAACUCUUCAUCCACGCAAUGGCGGCAUGUGUGACGGACAUUGCUCGUGCCGCCGCAUGUCGAGACAGUGUGGCGGCAUCGCAUUUAAAAGUAGUCUCUGUCUUUACAAUUUUUGUGACUAGCAUGGCGGGUGUAUCGUUACCAGUGAUGCUAGCACGAUACUUUCAAGGAAAGUCUCUUUAUGAUAUGGCGAUUUUGGUGAUCAAAUGCUUCGCGGCCGGUGUUAUUCUCGCCACUUCAUUGGUCCAUGUGUUGCCUGAUGCAUUUGCUGCACUCUCUGAUUGUCAGGUGGCAUCACGGCACCCUUGGAAGGAUUUCCCUUUUGCGGGCUUGGUGACCCUCGGUGGGGCUCUGAUGGCGCUGGUGGUGGACGCCGUGGCAAGCUCACACGUGGAGCAUGCGCACUAUGCGGCAAUGGAGGCAGAAGAGAAGGAGGAUGAGUGGAGAAUGGAAUUUGUAGGCGGCGGCGGCGGCGGCGGCGAUGAUAGUGACAGCGAGAGGGUUGAAGAGUUGGCUCGGUUGAAGCAAAGAUUGGUGUCACAAGUGUUGGAGAUUGGGAUCAUCUUUCACUCAGUCAUUAUAGGAGUCACCAUGGGAAUGUCUCAGAAUGUUUGCACCAUUCGCCCCCUCGUUGCUGCUUUGGCAUUUCAUCAGAUUUUUGAAGGCAUGGGUCUUGGUGGCUGCAUUGCCCAGGCCGGGUUUAACUUUGGAACAAUGGCGUACAUGUGCUUCAUGUUUUCAGUGACCACACCAAUGGGGAUAAUUUUGGGGAUGGUGUUAUUCUCAAUCACUGGUUAUGAUGAUAGUAACCCUAAUGCCUUGAUAAUGGAAGGGUUACUAGGUUCAGUUUCUUCUGGGAUACUAAUUUACAUGGCUCUUGUUGACCUUAUAGCAGUUGAUUUUUUUCAUAACAAGCUUAUGAAUUCCAAUAUGUGGUUGAAAAAGGUGUCUUUUAUUGCAUUAACUCUUGGCUCUGCUGCAAUGUCUGUCCUCGCGCUUUGGGCCUGA